AUGCUGAUCGCAAUAGUCAACUGGUGCCACGCUCAGCUGAACACCUGCCCUCAGAUCUGCGGUGGAGCUGCUUCCCAGAACCAAUGCGAUCAGAACGCCUUCACCUACACCUGCGUGUGCGCCAACGGCACCGUUCCCGACUGCACCGCGUUCAGUCAGACCCUCCCAUUCUUCAUCUGUCAAGAAAGCUAUUCCCAGUGCAUCGACGCCCACCCUGAUGAUGCUCAAGGACAGCAAACCUGCACUGAGAACAUGCAAUGUGGUACCCGCAACGCCACUGCCGAGGCUCUCGCUCAGACCUCUGCUGCAGAAGCGUCUUCGGCCUCUUCUACCUCGAGCUCUGCUGCUUCCUCAACCGCUGCCUCCGCUGGUGGCUCUGCUUCGGGCUCAGCCUCCAGCUCCGCUUCUGCAACCGGUGCCAGUGCUGAGCCCUCUAACGCUGCCGUUCCCAUCUCUCAGCAUGCUGCCACUGGCGUCUUCGCUGCUGUCCUGAUGGCUGCCUUCAAGCUCUUGGUCUAA